CAGGUUCACAUCCCGUAUCACUGAGCUGAUGAAAGUCCUGAAGGAUCUCAAUUCUGGCAAAUAUGAGCGCACCAUGGUCUCCCAGAACGAGAAAGAUUCAGACUCUUCCCAGAAGCUCGUCCUGGUGCCUGGAAGUGGAAAUGUUAUCAACAGAGACAACAUCAUCAAAUUCGACCACACCCCACUAGCAACACCUAAUGGAGACGUUUUGAUCAAAGACCUCUCCUUUGAGGUGAGCUCCGGCACCAACGUGCUCGUGUGUGGACCAAACGGCUGUGGAAAGAGCUCUCUGUUCAGGGUGCUCGGAGAGCUGUGGCCUCUGUUCGGAGGAAGUCUGACAAAACCAGAGAGAGGGAAGCUCUUCUAUGUUCCACAG